AUGGCCAGUCAGCCGCCGGAAGAUGGGGCAGACUCUCAGGUCUCCGACGAGCUCGAGUGUAAGAUCUGUUACAAUCGGUACAACCUGAAGCAGAGGAAACCCAAAGUGCUGGAGUGUUGUCACAGGGUCUGUGCCAAAUGCCUCUACAAGAUCAUAGACUUCGGGGACUCCCCGCAAGGCGUCAUCGUCUGCCCUUUCUGCAGGUUUGAGACCUGCCUGCCGGAUGAUGAAGUCAGCAGCCUGCCGGAUGACAACAACAUCCUGAUAAACUUGACUUGCGGAGGCAAAGGCAAGAAGUGCCUGCCAGAAAACCCUACUGAGCUGCUGCUGACCCCCAAGAGGCUGGCGUCUCUCGUCAGCCCUUCUCACGCUUCCUCCAACUGCCUGGUCAUAACCAUCAUGGAGGUGCAGAGAGAGAGCUCCCCGUCUCUGAGCUCCACUCCUGUGGUCGAGUUCUACCGGCCUGCAAGUUUCGACUCUGUCACCACCGUGUCCCACAACUGGACCGUGUGGAACUGUACAUCCCUGCUGUUUCAGACAUCCAUCCGGGUGCUGGUUUGGCUGCUGGGUUUGCUCUACUUCAGCUCCUUACCCCUAGGGAUCUACUUACUCGUGUCUAAGAAAGUCACCCUCGGGGUCGUCUUUGUCAGCCUCGUCCCUUCGAGCCUUGUCAUCCUCAUGGUGUACGGUUUCUGCCAGUGCGUUUGUCACGAGUUUCUAGACUGUGUGGCCCCUUCUUCUUAA